AUGCGAGUCUUGGUGAAUCAGAAGUACUUCAUAGGCUUCAUGUAUUUGCAGUUUAUUGCUGGAAAUGUAGACAGUGGCGUCGCCUUUUCCGUGGCUAAAAGCGAAACCUUCCGUUCACAUGAUGGUGGACCCAUGAUGUACAACAGAGUAAUUCUAAACAUUGGCGGCGGAUUUGACGCAUCCACCGGAAAGUUUGUUGCCCCUGUAAGCGGCUUGUGUCACUUCGACUUUCACUUCUUGACAAUGAGCGGCAACCACGGGUGGCAGGUACUUGACCACAAUGACGAGUACGUCAUCUCGGCCUAUACCGGUUAUGGAAAUGUAGACAGUGGCGUCGCCUUUUCCGUGGCUAAAAGCGAAACCUUCCGUUCACAUGAUGGUGGACCCAUGAUGUACGACAAAGUAAUUCUAAACAUUGGCAGCGGAUUUGACGCAUCCACCGGAAAGUUUGUUGCCCCUGUAAGCGGCUUGUAUCACUUCGACUUUCACUUCUUGACAAUGAGCGGCAACCACGGGUGGCAGGUACUUGACCACAAUGACGAGUACGUCAUCUCAGCCUAUACCGAUUAUGGUUGGACCACUGGUAGCAACAGUGUGAACUUACGGCUAGAGAGAGAUGACAGAGUUUCUAUCUCUUAUAAAGUGGUUCAAAAUCACCAAGCAGGAUUCUUUGGGAGUGUAAGCGAUAUGUACGCAUCCUUCAGCGGCUUUUUGAUUAACUAA